UUGCUUUAGUCACGUGCGGAUAUAUAUGUAUUUUAUAUAUUUUUGGUUGACUGGUGACAGGAUUGGUUGAAAUGAAUAACGCACUUGAACAGUACGCCUCUUCAGCCUCUUCAUCUACACCCCCUGUAUCAAAUCAGAAGAUCCGGCAAUGGAAGAGAGAGCCGACGAAGCACAAGUUCCUCUAGAGAAGGCGAUGAUUCCUCUGUUAGGGGAUGACAAUGUGGCGGAAGAGAAAGACAGAAAAACAAAGAGAAAGAUAUGGAUGGAGACGAAGAAGCUAUGGCGUAUCGUUGGACCAGCCAUAUUCACUAGGGUCUCCACCUAUUCGAUCUUCAUCAUCACUCAGGCCUUCGCCGGCCACCUCGGCGAGCUUGAGCUAGCCGCCAUAUCCAUCGUCAACAACGUCAUCGUCGGCUUCAACUAUGGCCUCCUACUUGGAAUGGCCACUGCGUUGGAAACAUUGUGCGGUCAAGCGUUUGGAGCGAAGAAGUAUGACAAGUUGGGAGUGUAUUUGCAGCGAUCUUGGAUUGUUCUCUUCUUAUGCUCCAUCUUGCUACUCCCCGUGUACUUCUUCACGUCUCCGAUUCUUAAGUUCGUCGGCCAGCCUGACGACAUCGCCGAGCUCUCUGGUACCGUCGCUGUUUGGGCCAUACCUGCCCAUUUCUCAUUUGCAUUCUUUUUCCCUAUCAACCGAUUCCUCCAAUCCCAGCUCAAGAAUAUGGUGAUUGCAAUCUCUUCCGGAGUGGCAUUUGUGGUACACAUAUUUGUGUGUUGGCUUUUUGUGUAUGUUCUUAAACUUGGAGUCAUAGGGACCAUCGCUACUGCUAACGUGUCAUGGUGGCUCAAUGUCUUCAUUUUAUUUACAUACACCACUUGUGGCGGUUGUCCGCUCACUUGGACCGGUUUCUCCGUCGAAGCUUUCACCAGACUAUGGGAGUUCACUAAGCUCUCUGCAUCCUCUGGAAUCAUGCUUUGCUUGGAGAAUUGGUAUUAUAGGAUUUUAAUUGUGAUGACAGGAAAUCUCCAGGACGCAAAAAUUGCUGUCGACUCUAUGUCUAUAUGCAUGUUGAUAAAUGGUCUGGAGACGAUGAUUCCACUUGCUUUCUUCGCCGGGACCAGGUAUCUGGGCAGCCACAUUCCCAACUAUCCCCGUAAGGGGUCCAGCGCCCCAACGGAAGGGAUGUUAAAUCCGUUGUGGCCGGGGUUCGAACUCGUGAUGACGGGCACCUCAGCCGAGGUUUCUAUACCACCAGACCACGAGGCCCGGUUAAGAACAAUUAGAUUUGGUUGUACUAGUUCACUUUAUAAGACUAGCUAUAAUUAUCUCUUCUUCAUAUUAUUGCUAGUCUGGUUGCUUCAUUUAUUUAGAUUGAUUAGGAUUAUAACAUGUUUUUGUAGUGUACGAGUAGCGAAUGAAUUAGGAGCAGGAAACGGGGGAAAAGCAAGGUUUGCAAUGAUCAUAUCAGUGAUACAAUCGUUAAUCAUCGGAAUAAUCCUAUCUGUGCUCGUAGUCUUUCUUCAUAAUCAAAUCGGUUGGAUCUUCUCUUCAAGCGAAGCUGUUAUAAAAGCAGUGAAUAACCUUUCUAUUCUUUUAGCCUUUACGAUUCUUCUCAACAGUGUCUAUCCCGUUCUUUCCGGUGCUGCGGUUGGUUCGGGUUGGCAAUCAGUAGUGGCAUACAUUAAUCUAGGAUGCUACUAUUUCAUUGGACUUCCACUUGGAUUUGUCAUGGGUUGGGUUUUCAACACCGGUGUUAAGGGUAUUUGGGCUGGUAUGAUAUUCGGAGGAACCGCUAUUCAGACGUUUAUAUUGAUUUUUAUUACUAUGAGAUGUGACUGGGAGAAUGAGGCACAGAAAGCAAGCAUGCGCGUUAAAAAUUGGCAGGUCUCGGAUGCAAGAAAAUGAAAGCGAAACCUUAAAUGUGCCAUAUUAUUGUCUCUGGAGCAUAUGUGUUUUAAAAUAAGUGACUAAACCCAAUACAUAUUGUAUCAUGUCAAUCACCUAAACAAAUGAUCGAAGGCCACAACUGGAGCAAUGACCGAUUUGUUUUCUUUAUGAAUGUUUUAUAAUAGAAUAGGAAAUUAAGUUACACGUUGACUUUAUAAUUUUUUUAAUUCUUUACAUAAGGAAUUACUUAUA